AUGCCUGCCAAGGGAAACCCAGCCUUCAGAGGGGCCACGAGAGGUACUUCAAAUGUGCCCUUGACUCAGACAGACCCGUUGACGAAUUUUGCCCAUGAGAAUUUAGAGCAAGUUGGUCGAAAGCUUUUGGCUGAUCAUCAUGAUCUGGACCAAAGAUGCAACCUAUCUUUUGUGCAAAUAGAUGCUUGGCUUUCCCAACAGCAGGUCAAUGUGAAGUACCUUCAAGAAAUUUUGGAAAAGCUCGAGGUGAACUACAUCUCUGCACCUGCAGGAAAAGAUAGCAACACCACCAAAGAAAUCGUUUCCAGACUUGUGGACCAAGGUGCUCAAAAUGGACAAAAAACAACCCAAUCACAGACCCAUGCUCAGUCUCAAUUGGCUUUACACACCAACUUAGCAGAUACUAUAGCCACAAUUCAAAGCAAGAUUCAAUGUUUACAUCAAGAGGCUCGGCGAGAAGUUUUGAACCCAUUAGAGUUUGAACGCACCAAUAUAGUUCAGACAGUCAUCAAGAAACUUGGGGUUCAUGGUAUUUUGGAGAAAACUCUACAAACAUUGCGGGGUGAAAUUCAAGAGUUUAUGAGGGGUGCUUGUGCUCAUGUUUGUAAAACAAAACUCACUAGUGAUGACCAGAAUCUUUUGAAACUUUCUUUCUCUGAGGUUAUCAACAUAUUUGCUAGGUUCGGGAAAGCAGCAAAACAAAAAUACAUAAUGAAACUAAACAUUACAAAGAACAGUAUACAAAAGACCUUGAAGCCCAGCUAG